CACACCCUAUCUGUAAAGUACAGCCCCCUCCAUACUGUAUAAAUAAUCAUCUGAGAGAUGUGACAGAUACAGGGGCUCUUCCACUGAGGACCUUCAGUCUGAGAUUUUGCCAUGGGUGCCAUGAGACUCUGCUUCCUGCUCCUCUGCCUCUUCUUGGCUGGUGUCUCUUCUUUGAGAAAACUUAACAAUAUUCAUGACUUGAAGAACAUUACAUAUGCAAAGUCUGCACCACGUCAUGGACUUCAGUUAUUGUUCUGGUUUGCCCAAAACAUUGUGACUGUUGAUCAGAACAAGAUUCUUAUCCUUGAUUCAAAUUUUGAUCUUAAUAGAGGUGACUUUGGAUUCCAUCAUUAUGGCAAUAGAGAGGACAUUCUCCCCUCAUUGAGCUCUUGGCAGAGUUACUAUUCGGUUGGCAAUUUAAGAUCUCCCGGAGCCAAUGCAUUGCCAGCCUAUGUGCGGAAGUAUUACAGAAACACCAAUGUGCCAGAAAGAAACAUGGACAGGCUCAUUAUCUCUGUGAAACAAAAUAGGCCAAACAAGAUACUCAGUGUAUUUAUUACAGCACAUGACCUUAACAAGAAUGAAUUUAAUCCUUCUGACACUUAUGAGAUUGAUCCUGCUCUGCUCUUGCAGAUUGGAGACCCGUAUAACUGCACUGUGGAUGAGAGCAAUGUUUCUGGUAUUUACACAAUACCACGCAAUACAGAAGACAGAGAAUAUGACAGAUGCCUUCAGUUUCUGACAGAGACAGGAUACAGCAGCAAUGACUGUAAACACAGUCCUAUCAGCCGCAGAAAGAAACGCUCACCCUAUUUGCAAUGUAAUGCAUAUGAAGGAAUUAAACUAGAGUUAAAAGCAACUACAGAAGGUUUCUCAAAACUUCUUUGGGAGAUACCUGCUGAAAUUAUGAAAAAUUCCAAAUAUGUAUACAUUGAAAUUUGCCAAAACACUCGUUCCAGUGAAACUAAUGAAGUUCAUACACAGGUCAGGGAACGGCUGGAUAUUUAUGACUCAUCUGGGGCUUCAGAUACUUCUGUCUCCAUGAAUGCUGGUCUCCAACCUCGACUGCGACUGUACCCAUCACUUUUUGAUUUUCAGUUUACUAAUCCAUACAUUUGGUAUGGACCAGAGUUUGAUGGAGCUAACAGAGUGAUUCCCGUCAGAAUAAAGGGGUUUGACGCUAGUCUGCAGCUCUACACUGAAGACGGAAAAGCCUGUGCUCGACUCUACAUCAAGAAAACCUUUAGCAACUGGAACAAAGUUUUUUCCCAUUCAUGGGUGGGGUUUUACAAGAGUUCACAAGAUAAAAAUGAUGCCUAUUCCACAUAUCAAUAUGCUGAGAAGUUUUCAAAGAUUGAAUACUAUAUCACACACAAUUAUGAUAUUUACCAGUACAGUUCCAGUUUAGCUAUUGCUCGUGGAGUUCAAAUCCGUUUUCUGCUGGACAAAAAAUAUGACAAAACUUUAGCACAAACUACGCCCUGGGAGGGGGCUAAAGCAUUGACAAUAUUGCCAUCAGACUGUGGAACACAAAGUCAAGCUAAACUCUCAUCAAAUGUUCCUGAAUUCUUUUAUGGACCAGAGUAUAAUGAUGUUGGUCUGCAGCUCUACACUGAAGAUGGUAAAGCUUGUGCUCGACUUUAUAUCAAGAAGACCUUCACAGACUGGAAAGAUUUAUUUUACUACUCAUGGGUGGGGUUUUACACUAGCUCACAUGAGAAAAAUGAUGACUAUUACACAUAUUACUAUAUUGUGAAGUUUGAAAAGAUGGAGGAGAUUGCUCAUGAGAAUUAUGAUAUUUAUCAGUACAAAUCCAAACUGGACAUUGUGCCCGGAGUACAGAUCCGUUUCCUGAAAGACAAAAGUUCUGAUAAUGUAUUAGUGAAAACUGAGCCAUGGAAGAAUGGUUAAUGAAUCCAUAGAAGCUUUAAAGUAGGAUAAUGUUACACUAACAGUAAUAAUUCCUAUUAACUUGACUUGAAUGAGUCUUUAUUACAAAUAUACAUCAACAUCUGUAACAAUCUGCUGUCCAUGUCCUGAUAAGAAUGAUCAAUAACACAUUGUUUUAACAAUAUCAUGCACGGUUAAUUACAGAUCUCUCUAAUGCUUAUAUCUUCAUUUGUU